GUCAGUAGUGUUGCUAUGGUAGCAAAACUGGCACGUUUUCAAAUCUGAGCCCAUACCAUUGAAAUACACAAUGAACAAUGCAAAUCCUCUUCAAAGUGAACUAAGUUUGCCGACAACAGGAAGAUUUGAGUGGAUCGAUGAUAAAAAUGAACUUGUGUUCAUCAAAUUUACUGAUCAAAAAUCACAAAAGUCUAUUUAUUCACAAAAAAAUCUUUACAAAAAGAUUCAUAUGAAAAUUGUUGAUGAAAUUCGUACAAUAACUAUAAAGGAUAUAAAAUCUACUGCUUUGACAAGACUAAAAGCUUCAGGAAAGCGUUUCCAAUAUUCCCAACACUUUGCUAAAAUGAUCAAAUCCCCAGAAUGUGACAAACUAUUGAUAAGUUUGGCAAAAUAUUUAGAAUGUUAUUUUAAGAUAUUGAAAUUUGAAGAAAAAUUUGCCGAUGAAAAAUUAUUACCCAAUGUAAACCAGUUAAAGGAACAAGAAGAAUUACAUAAACGAAUAGAUAUAUUAAAAUAUGAUUUUUCACUUGCGUACGCUAAAUUUCUACUACUUGAACGAAGUCUAAUGCAUAAUAUAUGCCCUAGACCAAUUGAUCCAGUUGCAACUGCAAAAACAGAUCAAAAUUUAUAUGAAACAUUCUUUUGGUUUUUUGUAUUUUGUAUGUGGAUAACAUUUCUACGAACAAGAUUUAAAGAAAUCUGUGCUCAAAUUGGAUGGUUUACAAGAUCAGAAAUGUUCAAUUCUCUUGGGCGACAAGGAGCUUCCUAUUUCGGUCAAAAAGGCGAACUCGAUAGUAAGAAUAUCAAGAUAUAUCAGACACAACUACCCCGAGCAUCAAUGCUAAAUAAGUGCUCACCAGCCUUAAGGCUUAUAUUACCUGGUGCGGAAGAAAACAUAGCUAAGAUUAACCUGAACAAAAGUGAAGAUAAGCAAAGAAAGUUACAUAUGACUGAGACUAAUGUACAUGAAGAAAAUGAAAAAAUAGGUAUUCUUGGAGACUAUCGACAUUUAUAUGACGACCAACUUAUACUAAAUAAACAAACUGCUGACAGAGAUCAAGAAAAGCACGAAGAUGACAACGAGAAUAACGAUGAGGAAGACCAAGAGAAAGAUGACAAGAAAAGUGUAUAACUUGGAGUACAUGUAACUUAAUUGGCGGAGUUUAAGAAGGUUGGGGAGGGUCGAUAAUUCCUAUCUCUGGAUCUAACUAACAGUUAUUAGUCUAUAAAUAAACACAGAAUUGUAGGAAUAUUAUAUAUUUGUUUUCAAAACUUUUGUGAUUUUUGUUUUUAUUGAUACCAUGAACCAACUUUUAAACAAACUCUAAUUCAAUUAAAUCUUUUUAUCCGGCACCAAAUUACAGUGAUAUAUAGAAGCUAAAUUAUUGUUUUUAGUCGUGAAAUUGUCGCCGAGAAGGAAAUUGUGUAAAAUCCGUUGUUAGAAAUUAAAAAUAUCAAGUCAUUAAGUUCUCAGGUUAAGGGUUGGAAUUAUACGAAGAAAAUUUUAUCCAUUUUUAACUACAAAUCAAAAUAUUACGAAUCGAUUCCAUCUUGUGUGGUACAGUUUGAUACUGAUUAAUAAAUUUAUCUUGACUUGAAAUAGCAGGUCAAUUUUAUGAUCAAAUGACAGACUCGGCUUCUAGAGACGUUCUUCUACUUUGUAGUUCUAUUAAACCCAAUCGCAAAGCCUAUACAGACAGACAUCUCACUCACCACCAACGACCCAAUAGAGAGCGUCCACUUUUCGUGAGGUUACAUGUUAGACUGCUUGCCCGACACUACGAAUAACUAUUGUUAAGGAAAAUCUAUUGAUGACAGUAAGUCGCAUCAAUGUGGGUCAUGAUUCAAUACAGGUCGGAUCUGCAGUUAAAUGAGUGAUUUGGGUAAAAGGGUUUUGCAAGCUGAAUUUCAUAAAG